AUGCUUAUUAAAUUGUAAAAUAUACAAAAUAAAACAUAAUCAUAUUUUGUGGAAGAAAAUCUAAUCAUUUUAACUUGCUCAUCGAAAAAUUCUAAAUUAAAUCUAAACUGUCAGAUUAGUUUUAAUCUGCUCAUGAAAAUGCUAUCAUUAGUAUGAAUUUAUCAGAUAUUCAAAACGAAUUUAUCAAAUUAUUAUCGCCGCCAUAAUGACAAGCAAGUGAAUAUCACCUUUCAAAAGAUCAUGCGAGUAACUAAAUUCUCGUUGUCAUAGAAUAAUUACAAAAAUUCAAAAGACCAAAGGAAUACAAGGUUUUUACUGAAAUUUUCUCUUUAAAAUAUACAAAAUAAAAAAGUAAAGUAUUUUCUGAGGUUUAAACACAAUAGAAGAAGAAAAAUUAGAAAUUAAAAUUUCAAUUUAUUUGAGAAAUUGAUUUACCUUUACAGCAGAGAGGAGAUAUAUCCAACUUUCAACUAAUACAUAAUUAUUAAGAAAUUGAAAACACUAUCCCAUCUCUUUUAAUAAGAAUUUAAGGAAAAUUAAAAGAAAACAAUUCGUUUAAACUUCUUUUAGAGGUAUAUCUUUUGAUGAAUAAGACAUUUUUGAAUAAAUUAUUCGAGAUUUCAAUUUAUCAAAAGAUGAGGGAAAAGCAUUAUUUUGGAAUAUAAAUAAAAUUAAUUAAUUUAUUAUAGAAUUAUUAGCACCUCUUGAUCUCAAGAAAUUGCACAAAAUUUUUCUUUACGAAAUUAAAUUGGAUGAAAUGUUCCUCAUCCAGGUUUUGAGUUACGAUAAUAUCAUUCCCAUAAUGAAAAUGAAAAAGUAGUAGUACUAUUCCCAUAGUUUGAAUUUAUCGUAAACGAAAUACGAUUCACUUAAAUUUAAGACCAGUAAAUCUAUUGUGAACAUCAAAUUAGCAAAGAAUAACUACACUUUUUGCACUUGA